AUCAUUUCAAAACGUUGCAAUCGUAAAACUCUACCUGAGCUCUGAUUCUUACAUGCUUUCUUCUACCGUUCUUAGCCCGCAUAUGGAGGACUCAACGAGCUGAAAUCGGGAACCGGAAUUAUUACUUCAAGCCAAUAGACUGCCGCCUUUUGCUUCUGAAUGCCCCAGCUUUGGGAAAUUCACGCAUGCCCAGUCUUACUUCUUAUUCCUCUUUGGCUCACACUCUGCGGAGUUUUGCGAUGACAUUCAAGUGCUUCCGGGUUGCGAUGGGGUUUUCUUCCUGGAAAGUGUCCCUUGAGAUUUAGUAGCGCUGGAGCUGUGAUUUUCCCACUACCCAAUGUCAGGAAAUGCUGAUGACACCAUUACAAGUCCCUCUGUGGGAUCACUGUCAGAAAUUGAGGUACUGCCAGAUCAGCCAAAGUAUGUGUGCUCGUUGUCUGCUGAGCUUGUUGCCAAGGCACGUGAACAGCUGCAGGAAAAACCUGAGUGGCGGCUUCGAGAUGUCCAGGCCCUCAGAGACAUGGUGUGCAAAGACUAUCCUAACCUGGGAACGUGCCUAGAUGAUGCUUUCUUGCUCAAGUUCCUUAGAGCCCGGAAAUUUGAUUAUGAUCGGGCGCUUCAGCUUCUUGUGAACUAUCACUGUUGUAGGAGGAGUUGGCCUGAGGUCUUUACUAACCUGAAACCAUCUGCUAUAAAGCCUGUGUUAGAAUCUGGUUUUGUCACUGUCCUUUCCCACUUAGAUACUGAAGGACGCCAUGUUGUCUGCAUUCGCCCAGACAGAUGGACACCGAGUAACUACCCGAUUACUGAAAACAUUCGUGCCAUAUAUUUAACACUAGAAAAGCUCAUUCAGUCUGAAGAGACUCAGGUGAAUGGAAUUGUUAUCCUUGCAGAUUACAAAGGAGUCAGCUUAUCUAAGGCAUCUCAUUUUGGUCCCUUUAUAACCAAAAAAGUGAUUGGAAUUCUUCAGGAUGGCUUUCCUAUUCGAAUAAAAGCUGUCAAUAUUGUAAAUGAACCUCGAAUAUUCAAGGGCAUUUUUGCCGUCAUCAGACCUUUUCUGAAAGAAAAAAUAGCAAAACGGUUUUUUCUUCAUGGAUCAGACUUGAGCUCUCUUCAUCGCAACCUUCCACCAUGGAUCCUCCCUGAAGAAUAUGGCGGCACUGCAGGGAAGCUGGACAUUUCUUCCUGGAAUGAGCUGCUGCUGGCCUCAGAGGAUGACUUCCUGUAUGAUGUCUCUCAUCUGGCUCCCUCCAAUGACGGUUCACCUCAUGACCCAUUAACAAGUGGGGAGAUUGAUGAGAAGCAAUGUGAUGACUCUUUGCGAAGCUUGAAAACGCAGCUCUAUUCCUGCUAUUAACAUAGCAAUUAAAGCUUGCAAAAGGUCAUUUUCCUGUUAUGAAAUCUGCCUUGUUCCUAAAGCUGUAGCCUAUGUGUAGAGACAGCUGAGGCACUUUACAUUGGAACCAAAGCAAAUUAAAAAGUAUAAGCCAUGGAGCAAGGUGAAGUUCUGUGGUAAUCUGGGAGAAGGCUGCAGUUUGAGGCACCUUAAAUGUUGUGGUUUACUGACCCUUUGCAAAAAGCACCAUCCCUCUGAGAUUAAAUGUCAGAUGUGAAUGAGAAUUCAGAAACAUUGCUAACACUAAGGUCUUAAGCACAAUUAUUUGGAAUUGCUCUGAAAUUAAUGGGAUCUGCUUCCAAAUAAGCAAGUUUAGAGUCAAAAUGCUAGAUUUUCUCAGGCUGAAAAGAGCAAAAAUGGCCAACUAUUUUGACAAAGUAGGAAUAUUAUAAUGGACCGUGCUGUUGUUCCGUAUGGAGAAGGGAACAAACAAUAUGGAUUGUGUGAUAUAAGGGUAGUUGACUAAUUUAUGGCAGAUUUCUAGGACUUGAUAUUCUUUGGUUCAAAUACUCUGGUUAUCAAUAUCCUUAUUAUUCUGUUCCUUUCACACACAAGCAUAAUUUGUCUUCUGUAGGGAAUAUUGCCACUGAGGUGGAAACCUUUGACUUGAAUGUUGCAGAAAGGGUUUGCAAGUGCAAUGGUUAUCAUUAAAAUUCAAUGAAAGCACACAUUCCUUCUGCCUAACUGAAAGCAUUGAAUCUGUGAACCUUUUUUUAUACCCAUACUUGAACUUGUACAACAUCAGGACCAACUGAAAGGGGUAAUUUUGCAUAUUAGCUCAGCUGCUAGUUAGUACUCUGCUGCUAUAGAAUUAUAUUAAGGUAGGUCUUGGGAGUGGAAUACAGUAAUUGUUAUAGUUGUAGAUGUCUGUCCAGUAAAGAAAGGAUGCUUGUUUAGAUAGUGGGUUUUGUUUGGGGGGGAAGCAUUUUUGAAAGUCUCUGUAAACCAAACAGACAGGGUAUUUUACAAGCACAGUAUCUGAUUUGUAAAUGUCUUUCCCAUUCAGUGUUGUGGUGUUUUAUCAGUUGGAUCUCAGUGCUGUAUUGGGAUGGGCUUCCUUUACAAAGGGCACUUUCAGCCUUGCUGUUAGGGUUGUCCUUGUGCAUGUACUCAGUGCUUUAGGUCCACCUAAAUUUGGGGGCUUAAUUCAGAAGAGACUUGUUUAGAGUUACACAAGAUGCAACUUUCUCCAAUUUCAUAGUCUUGACUUGCAGAUAAACUUUGAGGCCACUCAACAUACAUUCAAAACUACAGGCUGAAACUUUCAGUGGAGACUGGGCCCAUGCGUGUACCACCUGCUGUCCAAUGCUUAAAGGGGCAGCAGGUGAACAUUUACUACCACCUCAUCUUUUAGCACUUUUUUAAAUGGUUGGAACUGUUUGUGGGGGGCUUUUCCUUGGUGCCAACUAUAGACCAGAAACUGGUGCUUAUUGUAAAUAUGAAAUAAGGUCUUCAGCUGGUAGACUUACUGUAUUCAGUGCCAAACUUGUAUUCUCUCUCCCCCUGCCUCACGAAAUACAUAACCAUCUGCCUCUUUAUUGCCAAAAGGUGAAGCAAGUGUGUGCUUGAACUAGAAUCCCCCUUUGACUGUGUGUGGUGUAUUACCAAACUAGGCCAUGAGACUUGUUUCUAAUAUUUCCCGCAAAGCAGAUUUUAUUUUCUUAAAGUUCUUUACACUUGUUUUCCUUAAUGGAUGUACUUGGUGUAAAUUGCUUUUUCCUGUGGUACAUGUACAUAUCUCUGGCUAUACCGGUGUAUAUGAGACACAUGAACAGGUGAUACUGAAAGACAAAGUUCAUUGUGCAGAAAGGUCUGAGCCUAUCAUUUCUUUUAAACUGUUCCUCCAAGGUAUUACGCCUAUGUUAAGGCACUCAUUUGAAAAGUAUAUCCUCUAAGACCUUGGUUUAAGAAGUCAUUUGCUAGUAUUGAAACAAUACCAGGCCUUAAGACAUUGGUAAUAUACCACAAUUGUCAAAUUGCCUUUAAGUCUAACAUAAAGUAGGAUAAUAAUAUACUUGAAUUGAUACUGUGGCUGGACAGGCACUGUUAAAAAUCUGAGGUUUUUCCAGAGAAUAGUUGAGGUACUUUGUUUCUACUGUGCAGGCAGUAGGUUUUGGCAUUUUGCUAAGUAAAUUGUUUUAAACUGAUUUGUGUUGCCUUUCGCCGUAUGUAGAAGUUUGCCGUAUGCUGGUUAUAGUAAUACACCUUUGAGGACUUAUUUUUAUAUUGCAUUUUAUAAAAUGAAUAGUUUGUGUAACUUUAUGCAUGAAUGGAUAUUAAACAGUCUACCUUAAGUAGCCUCUGUUUAUUUCAAGA